AUGGAAGCAGCAACAACUGCUACCGGCAGACCCAGUCUUCUUCGGAAGGACGGCCACGGUGGAGCAUCUGCCUCAGACAACGUUUCGGCACCUUUCCUGCUCGUGCGGCAGGGUAAGACGGAUCCCAAGAAGAAGAAAGAGACAAAGACUCACAAGACCUCGGCGCUCGAGGUCGAAAUCAUGGCGCCGGAGACGCUUCUGUCGCGGUUUCCAGGUAUGGAGUCUGCCGGAGACCCGUCUUCGGAAGCAGCCUCGAGCACGAAGCCGAUGCAGGAGCGCAAGUCCCACGGGGUGCUGGGCGCGCCGAAGCCGCGUGCGGACCUUGCGGCAGCUGACAGCGCAGCGCCGCCGCCACUGCCCCGAGAAGCAGAGCACAGCCUGGCCGAGCAGUGCAGGAAGGAGCGCAUGUCCCACGGUGUGUCGGCAGCUCCUGCGCGCGCGGACAUGAGGGACCUGGACAUGGAUGCACCGCUGCCUGCUGCAGAAGAGCCUCGCCCAAGCUUGGCGGAGCAGUUCAGGAAGGACACGCUGGAGAUAGAUGGUACUGGAAUGGUGGAGCAAGAGCUGCGUCUCUGGCGGGAAGAGGACUGGCAGGAGAGCCUGCGGAAGCGGCUGACGGCGGUUCCAGGCCUUUGUGUGCUGGACUUGGCGGAAAGCAACAUCCUCUCCUACUCUCAAGGAGACUGGGGUUUGGUUGAAAAGGACGUGCACGCGGCCUUUUCCGAGAAACUUGCUCAACGAAUUCUUGCAUGCUUCAAGGAGGAAGUGCAGACUUGUCUGGCGGUGCGUAGGGAGCUCAUCAACUUCAAGAAGCUCUGUCUGCAUCUUUGGCAGACUGCAACUGGUCUGGAGAAGGACCUUCGACAACUCGCGAGUUUCUAUUAUUCUCGUGUCGCCGAUGCUGAUGCGCAAGAGAAAGCACAGGCAGAGGCGGCAAUCUCAACACCGAAUCAUUCGACCGAAGAGGACCCAACGGAAGCCAGGGAGCCUUCGUCGGCCCAGGAGAUCCCUUCGGAGGAACCUCCGCCUCUUUCGGCACAGCGGAGGCAUCGGUACAUUGGGAUCUCCAAUGCACUGAAUGACUGCCGCGGUGCCGUCGCGGCAGUCUUCGAUGCAAGGCAUUUCAGCAAAGCCAUCUGUGCUUUGCCGCGACACCCUGCAAGCGGAGUGCCUUGGAAGUUCGAAGCUUUGCCAGAAAGCCUGGAGCUCUGGAAGGUUGUGGAACAGGCCCGGUUCUUUCUGGCGAACUACAAGGCCUUCGACGCCUACUUCGCGGCCAUGCACGGCGAAACUCAGGGCUCCAGCUCGGAGCCGGCAAAGCCUGCCAAAUUGCAAAGGGUCUGGCGCUCCGAGCGGGACCUCGUCGAGUCGGAGCUAGGCUCUGGUGGGCUCAAGAAGCUCCUUGAAGCGCUCGAGGAACUCCGGCUGCCAGCGAACGCCUUGCGCUACUUGGAGCUUGUGCUGAUUGCUCGCGGGGCCGUCAAGGCCACUGCGCUGAAGGGUGCGCUCCAUCGUUACAUUACUGCGCUUCGUGAGGUCGAGGAGCAAGCAUUGGGCCUUGAGCGUCGGUUGAGUGCACUGCUUAAGGGAGACGGCUGUGACUCGGAGUACUUGAGUGACACGGCUCUGUCUGCAGGGCUACACCUGCACGCUGCUCGCCACUUGCUUGUGCUGCAGGGCAUGCUGUCUGUCAUGUCCGAGCUCCUUCGCUGGCUUGAUCCCAUAGCAGAUAUAAGAAGCGACGCCUCGAGGCUCUUCGUCUCGGGAGCUCGUGGUGCCGCCGCCUUCGUGCCUCGAGGUUUCCCGGACGUGUUGGCGAGGCAUCGCGCAGCCCGGGGAGGACAUCGAGAGGCCAUGCUGUCUGAAUUGAGUACUGCGGGCUGGCCAAAGUCAGCUCGUCUGGGUGAGGAGGAAAAGCGGCUCGAUGCCUGUCAAACCUGCUCAGUGCGACUGUCGAAGCUUUGGCUUCACCGGGGUCAAUGCCUUCUGUGCGAGACGAAGCUGCGAUCUCAAGGGCGAUGUCCUUACGGGGGUGCACGGUGCAGCAGAAGCUUCUGCCCUCAUGACUCGCGCUGUAUUGUUUGCGAGCAGUGGUCUUGCGAACGAUGCUGCUUACUUCGCGGGGAUGGCGAAGAUGUGUGGCAGACGGCAGCGCAGCAUCAGCCGGACGUGAUCUUUCUCGAUUUUGACCGCACACUAUGCACGACCAAGGCUGGAGCCUCUCCACUUUCCGGGAACCACUCACUGGACUCCGAUUUGGUCGCACUGUGUGGCAUGCACCAACGCGUGUACAUUGUGACCCGGAAUUCGCGGAGCGAGGAUAUCGCCUUCUUCCUGCGGCAACAUGGAAUCGGCGCACGUCUCAAGGAGGACCAGCCGCACACUUCGGAAGCCUCAGGUUGUCCCAACUGCAGCGCUGCCUGUUACUUGUGA